AUGCCUAAGCUUGUUUUGGUCAGACACGGUCAAUCCGAAUGGAACGAAAAAAACCUCUUCACCGGCUGGGUCGACGUGCCCUUGUCUGAAGUUGGAAGAAAAGAAGCCAUCAGAGGUGGAGAGCUCUUGAAAGAAGCCAACAUCACCGCUGAUAUCUUGUACACUUCCAAGUUGAAGAGAGCUAUCCAGACGGCCAACUUGGCUUUGGAGGCUGCUGACCAGUUGUACAUUCCAGUUAAGAGAUCCUGGAGAUUGAACGAAAGACACUAUGGUGCUCUUCAAGGUAAGGACAAGGCCCAGACUUUGGAGACUUACGGUCAGGAGAAGUUCCAGACGUGGAGAAGAUCGUUUGACGUUCCACCUCCAGUGAUUGAGGACUCGUCUGAGUUUUCCCAGGCUGGCGACAUCAGAUACAGUGACAUUGACCCAGCAGUGAUUCCAAAGACGGAGUCGUUGAAGUUGGUGAUUGACAGAUUGUUGCCUUUCUACCAGGACGAGAUCGCCGGCGACUUGUUGGCUGGCAAGACGGUGCUUAUUGCUGCCCACGGUAACUCGUUGAGAGGUCUUGUCAAGCAUUUGGAUAAUAUUUCAGAUGACGAUAUUGCUGGUUUGAACAUUCCUACUGGUAUUCCUUUGGUGUAUGAGUUGGACGAGAAGUUGGUGCCAACCAAGCCUGCUUAUUAUUUGGAUCCAGAGGCUGCUGCUGCGGGUGCUGCUGCUGUGGCUGCUCAGGGUUCCAAGAAGUAG